AUGGCGGCCGCCGCGCUGCGAGGGCGCAUGGGCGCGCAGGCCCCCUGGCUCGCCGCGCUCGCCUCCUGCCUCCUCUUCGCCGGCGCCCUCCAAGUGGCGCCGCAUGGGCCCGAUCCGGCGGCGCUGCAGGCGGCGCUGCCUGUGCCGCGGGAGGAGCUGAACGAGACCAUGCGCCGCAGGUGGGAGCUCCGGAACGCGGCGGACAUUGAUAGGAUGAAGGAAUUGUGCAGGUCCAGGCCGCUGGACGUGCUGCUGCUGGGCGACUCGAUCACCGAGCGGUGGCACCGGCCAUCCUUCAGCGCCUACGUAGACAGCCCUCUGGAGUACACGACGUCGGAGAGGGAAGAGCUCGGCGGAGACCUGCGGGCCGCCUUCGGGCCCCAGCGGCUCGUCGCGGUGGCCGCCAUCGGCGGGGACAAGGUGCCCGACCUGCUCUGGCGCCUGCGCGCUGGGGGCCUGGGCGAGGCCGUGAGGCAGUGCGCGCCACGGAGCCUGCACGUCCUCGUGGGCACCAACGACCUCGGCCACGGGGUUGCGCCGCGAGAGGCGGGCAUGUCCUACCGCCAGCUCGUUGACGAGCUCGUUGCGCUGCGGCCAGACGCGCGACUGACGCUCCAGCUGGUCAUGCCGCGCGGCUUCAAGGGCGGGUACUUCGACAACGACCACCUGCCGCAUGCCCUGAAGUGGGCCGCGUGCCCGGCUGCGGGGAGGCCCCCGCAGCUGGUGCACGGCGUCGGGGAGGGGGACUCGGACCCGAGCUGCUCCCUCUUCUUCUCGCACGUGGGCGAGCUGAACGGGAUCAUCACCCGAGCGGCGUCCGAGCACAGCGCCUCUGGCCGCGACGUGCGGACCCUGGACUGCAACGGCUUCCUCACCACCGGUGGCAGCAUCAGCAAGGACCUGUUCCCGGACAUGCUGCACCCGAAUGGUCGCGGGUACGCCCGCUGGUCGGAGUGCCUCCGGUCCGCGUACCCGUAG